AUGGACUACAAAACUCUGCUCCUGCAGCUUGUCGACCGCGAUGGGGGUACUGGAAACGAACCAGAACGUCAGUCGCAAGCCCUGGGCCGCGGCGGUCAAAGUUUAGAUGAAGCGACCACUUCCGCAGCGACCACCAACAACCACGAUAAUGUCAAGUCCGCCGCGCUGCAUUGUCUGGACGUGAUCCACAAUCUGGCUGUGGAUUCCGUGGUUACCCGCUUGGUCCAGAUUUUCCUGAAGUACUACUGUGUGGUGGAUGAAUCCCAACCGAGUCAAUUUCUCUUCGUCGGCGAAGGGGGGAAAAGAUCGAACAUGAUUUCUCCCUGCUGCACGGACACGGAGCUGCAGAAAUCGAUAUUAACGACAAAAAUCGCCGUGGAGGUGUUAAGAGAUUUUUCGCAGUUUGAGGAGGAAUUUCUGGGCUUCGACGUCGAUUUCGCACGGUUCAAAGGUGCGGACUUUGCGACGAGAAUUCUGGAGUUGUUUUCUGUGGCGGCGUCAUCAUCAUCAUUGUCGUCUACAGGUAGAAGUGCCGGAUCUGGUGCUGGCUCAUCGGCAGAAACAAUAAACACGUUGCCCAACGCGUGUAUGACGCUGCUCUUCCAAUACACGACGAGAUUAGAAACCUGUUUAACCACCGCGGAGAAUGAUUUACAACUCCUCUACCUCCAGUCCGACGGGCACCUGUUCGAACAGAUCAAGCAACAAACACAGGAACUCCAAGC